GGAAUAAAAAGUAAUUAAUUAUUAAAUUAUAAGUUUAUUGAUGAAUUUAUGUGAACACCGACUACUAUAAAAUCUCGUUGCGGUGCCAAAAAGACGGAACUCGCGCAUUUUGUUCAAGCAUGGCAGCUAACUUCUGGACUUCAUCGCACUACAAACAACUCCUGGACCAAGAGGAGGUCGAUGUGGUGCAAUCGCUCGAUAAAGAUAGGGGCAUCACUCUUGAAGACUUCAAGCUCAUUAAGAUGCAUAUGGCUAAUUAUAUAUUGAAGUUGGCCCAAAAUGUGAAAGUUAGACAAAGGGUUGUUGCAACUGCUAUUACAUAUAUGAGACGUGUUUACACCAGAAAGAGUAUGACAGAAUACGAUCCACGAUUAGUGACUCCAACCUGCCUAUAUUUGGCUUCAAAAGCAGAAGAAAGCACAGUGCAAGCUAGACUUCUAGUGUUUUACAUUAAAAAAAUACAAUCUGAUGAAAAGUACAAGUAUGAGAUCAAGCAUAUAUUGGAAAUGGAAAUGAAAAUUUUAGAAGCCCUUGACUAUUAUUUGGUGGUAUUCCACCCUUAUCGUGCAUUGUCUCAGUUGCUCCAAGAUGCAGGCCUGAAUGACAUAAAUAUGACUCAAUUGACCUGGGGACUUGUGAACGACACCUACAAGAUGGAUCUAAUUCUUAUUCAUCCACCCUAUUUGAUAGCUUUGGCUUGCAUAUAUAUUGCUAGUGUGCUAAGAGAGAAAGACACAACUGCAUGGUUUGAAGAACUUCAUGUCGAUAUGAACGUGGUCAAGAAUAUCUCAAUUGAGAUAUUGGACUUCUAUGAAAACCACAGAACGAUAACUGAGGAGAGAAUUAUUUCAGCUCUUGGCAAGCUACCAAUGAAGUCGUGAACGUGAAACAGAUAGUAGUUCCUUAAAAAAAUUGUCAUAUCUUGGCAAGCUAGGUUCUAAUAUGUGAAUACACAACGGUUGUUAUCUCAAGGAAUUUGUCCCAACUCUAUGCUUAUCAAGGCUCAUGCGUAGCCAAGGAAUAAAAUCUGGAUGGCAAUAUAGUGAACAAGAUUUUGGCUAUAUUAUAUAUCGAUAAAAUAUCAAUAUCGACGUGUAUUUUUAUAAAUGAAGAAAUUUAUUAAAGUUUGUAGUUAAGAUAUGUUUGCAUGAAGUUGCCAGAGAAACGUACAUAGUGAAUUCUCUUGAUUGUGCCUAUGCUUGAUUUUAAAAAGCGAAGUACGUGAUAAAGUUGGAGUCUGGAAAGAAAACUUGUAUCUUCAAAAGAUCUUGAAUCUUUGAAGGUGGUGAUCGGCUUUAAAGGAACUUCAAAUUUCGAAAGUGGUGGUCGACCUCAAAGAAACUUCGAUCGUUGAGGUGGUGGUCGGCUUCAAGCUCUAGUUCUGAAAAAUUUUCUUGUAUUUUAUGUCCAUGUUCAAUUGAAAAACUCCCUAUUUAUAGGGUCGGUGGGCUUUGUUGAUCUAACAUCUGACUAAAUUUUGAGUAUUUUUUGGAUUGAAUUGUUUUCAAGA